AUGGUGGCCGCUCCGUGCGCCCGGCGGCUGGCGCGGCGCUCCCGCUCGGCGCUGGUGGCGGCGCUCACCGUGCUGCUCCUGCAGACCCUCCUCGUCUGGAAUUUCACCUCCCUCGAUGCCGGCGAGGAGCAGCGCGGCGGCGCCGCCGGCCGCGAGAAGCGAGACCGCGGCGGAGACCAGCGGGCGCACCCGCAGCGCCGCGGACCCGCCGCCCCGCACGGGAAGGCGAUGGAUGGCUAUUUUUCCCACCGACCGAAAGAGAAAAUGCGAACAGACAGCAAUAAUGAAAAUUCAGUCCCCAAGGACUUUGAAAAUAUUGAUAACAGUAACUUUGCUCCCAGGACUCAGAGGCAAAAACACCAGUCUGAGCUGGUGAAAAAACCCCUUAGCAAGCAAAAGGAGCACUUGAGAAAGAAACUGGAAGAGGAGAAGAUGAAGGAGAACUUGCUGCUGGGGAAGAACUCCAAUGAGGUGGUGCAAUUCAGUGAUCACCCCAGAAAAAACAGCAGCAGCAGCAACAACAACAACAAUUUGAAGGAGAUUCACAAAUCUCCCAGACAGCAUCAUGUAAAAAAAAGUGGAAACAGCUCUCCGGAACUGAGAUAUGACCAACCACCAAAGUGUGAGGUAACGGGCAAAGAGGCAAUCUCAGCCAUGUCCCGGUCUAAAUCUAAGCAGUGUCGGCAGGAGAUCGCAGAGGUGUAUUGUCAGCACAAGCAUGGAAAGCUGAUGCCGGAGAAGGUGACGCGUUUCUGUACACUGGAGGGAAAAGCCAACAACAAUGUACAGUGGGAUGAGGACUCCGUAGAAUACAUGCCAGCCAACCCAGUCAGGAUCGCAUUUGUCUUGGUUGUUCAUGGCAGAGCUUCUCGGCAGCUCCAGCGCAUGUUUAAGGCUAUUUACCAUAAAGACCAUUUUUAUUACAUUCAUGUUGACAAGCGAUCCAAUUACUUGCACCGGCAAGUGCUCCAGUUUGCCAACCAGUACCCAAAUGUGAGAGUCACUUCUUGGAGAAUGGCAACUAUCUGGGGAGGAGCAAGUCUUCUGUCCACCUACCUGCAGACCAUGAGAGACUUAAUGGAGAUGAAUGACUGGCCGUGGGAUUUCUUCAUUAACCUCAGUGCUGCUGACUAUCCAAUCAGGACAAAUGACCAGCUAGUAGCAUUCCUGUCCAGAUACCGUGAUAUGAACUUCUUGAAAUCACACGGGAGGGACAACGCAAGAUUUAUCAGAAAACAAGGACUGGAUCGGCUUUUCCUGGAAUGCGAUACCCACAUGUGGCGCCUGGGGGACCGGAGGAUCCCAGAAGGAAUCGCAGUCGAUGGAGGGUCAGACUGGUUUCUCCUCAAUAGGAAGUUUGUGGAGUAUGUCACUUUUUCUAAUGAUGAUCUGGUAACAAAGAUGAAGAGGUUUUACUCUUACACGUUGCUUCCUGCUGAGUCCUUCUUUCACACUGUUCUGGAAAAUAGCCCGUACUGUGACUCCAUGGUGGACAACAACUUGCGCAUCACAAACUGGAACCGUAAACUCGGUUGCAAGUGUCAGUACAAGCACAUUGUUGACUGGUGUGGCUGUUCACCUAAUGACUUCAAACCAGCAGACUUCCACCGAUUCCAGCAGACUGCCAGGCCAACUUUCUUUGCCCGCAAAUUUGAAGCUGUAGUGAAUCAAGAGAUAAUUGGCCAGUUGGACUACUACUUGUACGGCAACUACCCGUCUGGCACACCCGGCCUCCGGUCGUACUGGGAGAAUGUGUACGAUGAGCCUGACAGCAUUCACACCCUCAGCGACGUCGCCCUCACCAUGUACCAUGCGUUCUCCCGCUUGGGCCUGCGGAGAGCCGAGACUUCGUUCCAUGCUGCUGGAGACAACAGCUGCCGAUACUACCCCAUGGGCCAUCCGGUUUCUGUCCACCUUUACUUCCUUGCCGACCGUUUCCAAGGCUUCCUAAUCAGACACCACGCAACCAAUCUGGCUGUCAGUAAGCUAGAAACUUUGGAAACAUGGGUGAUGCCCAAGAAAGUCUUCAAGAUCGCAAGUCCACCAAGCGAUUUUGGAAGGUUGCAGUUCUCAGAGAUUGGCACAGAAUGGGAUGCCAAGGAAAGGCUUUUCCGGAAUUUUGGAGGACUCCUCGGGCCAACAGAUGAGCCAGUUGGCAUGCAGAAAUGGGGAAAAGGCCCCAAUGUCACCGUUACUGUCAUUUGGGUGGAUCCUGUUAAUGUAAUUGCAGCAACGUAUGAUAUUCUUAUUGAAUCCAGUGCCGAAUUUACUCACUACAAACCACCUUUGAAUUUGCCCCUGCGACCUGGUGUCUGGACGAUAAAAAUUCUGCACCACUGGGUACAGGUAGCUGAAACCAAAUUCCUUGUUACUCCUCUCACCUUCUCUAAUCGGCAGCCUAUCAAACAAGAGGAAGCCAUGAAGUAUCACAGCGGGCCUCCAAAGAAUGCGUACAUGGAGCAGAGCUUCCAGGGCUUGAACCCCGUCCUGAAUAUCCCCAUCAGUGCUGCCCGUGUGGACCAGGCCAAGAGGAAUGCGGGGCUCGUGGGUGCCCGGCUGGAAGCCUGGGUGGACUCUCUGGUCAGCAGUGUCUGGUCAGCUGUGGACAUCUGCAGUGCCGGCCCCACUGCCUGCCCAGUCAUGCAGAGCUGUGCUCAGACAGCCUGGAGCUCCCUGAGCCCGGACCCCAAAUCUGAGCUGGGCCCCGUCAAACCUGACGGUCGCUUGAGGUAGCAUCCGGUACGCUAUCCUCCGGCAUAGGUUUUUAAAAGGGAAUUUAACCUUGAUCGUAUGUGAAUC